UGUGCUGUUAUAUUAAUGUUUAUCUGUGUAGAAGCUGGCCCUGUGGUUCAUGAAGAGAGAGGACCAUCAGAGGAAAACCUAUUUGCAGGCAAACGAAUGGUAGAUUCAAACCAAACUCCUAGAAAGCAAUUGGAUCCAGUUGCUCGCCUGCAAAAGAUUCUUAAGUUCAGAAUGUUUGUCGAUGAUGAUGAUGAUGCUCAAGGUGGUGAGCUGGCAAGUAAGUUUGCUGAUGUGGGAGAACAUGUGGCUAUGGGAGAACAACAAUUGCCACCAGAAGAAGUAACUAAUGAGGUGGCCGUUUCAGAAGAUCAAAACGUUGUUUUGGGUUCUAAUAGACCAAAGCGCGUAAUUAGAAGACCAGUCAAGUAUGUAAAUUAGAGAAGUUUUGAGUCAUGGGUUGUGUGAUUGUGUGAAUUGGAUUUAAUCUAUUUUGCGUAACUGAAUUGGUUGCCAACCAUUUGUAACGGAUUUCAAUUUAAUAAAAGGAUGUGGAUGGUGGGGGGAAGCCUCGUAUAGAAUCAA